AUGAAUCCCGGGAGCAGAAAAAUAUUCCGAGCUAAACCACCAGACAAGGGUAGCUUUCCUUUGGAUCACGACGGUAUAGAAAAGUUUCCGACGUAUCAAAUGUUGUUUCAAACGAAACUUCUUAUUAACAAGAAUCAUUCAGUUUUUCAUCAACAAGCUUGAGUUUAUGAAUGAUAAUUAACAAUUCGCCGAACGCGAACAAUUGUUUUAGUAUGGUGGCUCAGUUGCUUUCAAAUUCUGUUAUUGAUUUGUUUUGCUGUUGACACUAGAGGAUCAAUUUUGACUGGCUGCGUCCUCUAUCGCAUUUAUCACUUCCUCUGUAACAUUGACAAAAUACGAGUUUCUCAUUGGCUGGGAAAAAAUGCAAUUGAGAGCAAAAAUUGGUUUGCCAGAUUGGUAAAUCAAUCAAUCAUAAUGUAUUUGUCUCUUAUAAACCCUUUGCUACCUUAUGUAAGUAAAGCAUGGAAUUGAUCUACUUCAAAAUUAUUGGUUGUUCAUCAAAUGGAUCAAGUCCAAGUUUUCCUUAGUCCGUUGUAGCCCAUAUUUUAAUAUGGCUGAAUCUGGUCUGUGCCUCAUGCACUAGAUUAAUUACAUGAAAUGUUGAGCUCAGGAAGUAAGAAGCCUCUCAUUCAGCAUGUGUAAAUGUGCAAAUGUCUCACUUUACUGUGAAACAGGUGAAUGUAAAGAGUACAUGAAGAGAUACAUGAAGUGCUUGAGGGAGAACAAUAAUGGGAACCACUUGUGUAGAACAGAGUCCAAGGAUUAUCUCCAAUGUAGAAUGGACAGGUACAUUUGUUUCCCCAUAUUCAUUCCAGUGAAAAGAUCUUUUCCUAAAUAGUUUUUGAAAAGGAGAACCAAAAAACAAAAUGAUCCUCACAGAUGAAUUGCAAUAGAAGAAAUUUCAGGAACAUUUAGAAGGCUAAAAAAAUUUAGGCUUUAAUGGGAAUCCAAGCCAUACCUCCCAGAUACCACAGGGGAUUCCUAAUAACACAGUUAGUAUUGGCUGAAACCAUUCAUUGUAUCCAGGCUUCCCUUCACAAUAUGUGAUUGCUACUUGUACAUGCAGCUGUGUGAAAAUGAUUCUGUUGUUGUUAUUCUUCUUGGUUAGCUCUGAUUUGCUCUUCAUUUUCAUAGUUUAGCCAGUUUUACUGCAAGGUAGUAUUAGAUAUUUAGAUCCACUCAGAGAAGCCUUUUGGAAAAACUAGUUCAAUAUUGUUCUUUGACAGCUUCAAGCACAAGACGUCUGUGUUUGCUUUAUUGCCCCUCCUGUUCCUUUCCCUAUAAAUUGCUUGCUGCAAAGAGCUUGCUAAGCAGGCUAAUCUUUUACAAAUGGCCUAUUUUGCAUAGUUGGUUUUGUGUUUGUACGUGGUAACAAAGUCAUAUUUUUUUAAAUUGACAGACAACUCAUGGCAAAGGAGGAUUUUGAGAAACUUGGUUUUCAUCAGUCUAUACAAUCACAAGAUCACAACAUUGAUCAGAUUGAUCAUGACAACAUACAAAAUAGCACAAAGUCCACAAGCUGAUAGUAGUUCAAGGACAAUAUAAAAGUUGAUUAACAUAUUAAAAAUACACAACAGUCUGGUGGAACUGGGUUUUUCAUUGGUUAAUCAUCAUCAAAAGAACUUUCUCAACAGCCAGGGGGAGUCAGCCCUUGGCAAGGAACACAGGCCUAAGGGGAGGACUGACUCACUCCAAUGACUUCAAUGAUCACACUACUGAAGAUGUUAAGCAGUCAGUCACUUUCACCACCAACAGUCAUUUUCAGGACCACUCCCCAUCCAGACAAUUAGACCACACCCUCUAUCUGAUAAACAAUAUAAUAGAAGUGAACAUUUAAUAUACAAUAACAUAGUAGGACUCAAGUAAAAGCUGUAGAAUAGUAGAAUGAGAAUGUUUUCACCUACAAGAAUAAAAAGGCAACAAGGACUAUUUUGUAUUUACUAUGCUGGAGCAUUUCUGAUGUGGUGCAAAAAAUAAACUAAGAAUCGUGAAAAUUGCACAAGCCUGUAGGGAAAGUGCAAUUUGUGGUCUUUGAAAAAAUUUACUAGAGCUUUUUUAUUCCAAAUUGCAUGGAAAAAAUUAUGUGAUUAUGUUUCAAGUGCAAAAAUAAUUUUUUCAAACCCUGCCUGUGACAUUGUGCAUUCACUCAAAACAACUGCAUAUGAUCAAAACAAUAACAUAAAAUGAUUUUUUCACAUCUUUAAGGCACAAAAAAUUCAAAGUCCAGCUAAACAGUUCAAGGAAUUGUUCAGUUUGGUUUGUUACUUCUCUGCACCAAAUUAACCCUCUUUUGCUUUGAAUUACCUGAAAACUGCAUUUAUCUUAACCAGUCAGAACUGAGUAAUUUUUUUCAUGUAUCUCAUUAAAAAUGUUAUUUAAUUGAUGUAUUUAAUCCUAAAGCUUGACUUACAUGUCUGAUUAUGUUAACGGAUUCCUUACAUACUGUAUUUCCUCAAAUAAGCACCCCUCUCUCUCAAGUUAGUAGGGAUACUGUUGAAAAAAACCUGUUUCAAUGACCAAUUUAUUUAUAAUUUUUUUACCUUCAACUACAACGUAACCAGUCUAAGAGAAUAGUUUAUUUUCUCCACGUGCUUACAGAGUUCCUUUGAGUGCAUUAUCUAUUCUUUUGUUUUUUUGUGUGUGAUUUUGCGCUCUGAGUAAAUGCAGUUAACUUCCCAAGCACAACUAGACCAUUCUCUAUCCUUUGGUGACCAGUAAUUUCUACAGUAAUAAAGUUAAUGAGAUGCGUUUGAAGAAAACAGUUGAUAAUGAGUUACAGCUCAAUCGAAAUGUGCCCAGCAAGCUCAAAGCUGUCAGCGCCAUGCAUAAGCCUCACUUUUUAAAUUCCAAUUGCAUUGUCCGGUUAUACUUCUUUGCUUACUCCAUGUCGCUUUUUUAAGCAAAUAUAUAUUUCCCUUGUGUAAACAGACGAAAGGUAUUAAAAAUGUUGAAUCAACGUCUUCGUGGAUAAUGUUUUAGUUUCUGUUUUUCUAUUUACGAUUUAACCAGAGUAAAGUUG